GUGAGAGAGCUGCAUGGAGAGAUGGAGCGAGAGAGGCCGCCGCCUGCAGGCUGGGUGUGUCCAACCUAUAAAAGAAGGCCGGUCUUCCUCCUUCUGCAUUUGACUUGAGUUGCCAGUCUUCUUCGCACCCAAGAAUCUACGCCCCAGCAGGAUGUCGUGGCAAGACUACGUUAGAAACCUGAUGGCUCCUACACCGGAAGGCACAGUCAUUGUUACAGAAGCUGCCAUCUGUGGAAUAUGCGAUUGUUCCAUCUGGGCCAGCUCUGCUGAGUGUGAAAUCAAGAAUGAGGAAAUCGCGAAGCUGGUUGGUGACAGGUCGGGUUUUUCUCAGAGCGGCCCCUAUGUCGCAGGAGUGAAGUGUCGAUUGCUACGAGACGAAAUGGACGAUCCCCAAGUAAUGACAAUGAGGUUAAAAACUGUAGCCGACUGUUCCGGCUGUUGCUACCCUGUGUGUAUUGGCAAGUCCAAAAAAGCUCUUCUGUACAUCAAAGGGACUAAAGAUGCACAGCCAGGAGCCCUUUCUGAUAGGUUGUUCAGCAUCAUUGCACACUUGGAAAAAUGUGGCUACUAAGAACCGUCGGCUCUACAGUCAGCAACCGCAGGACAGACUUCUUCGCCCCAGUCAGGAUCUCAAAACAAGAAAGCCAUCAUUUGUGAAGAGUUCCCACCAUGUAUUCACAAAUGCUACCAUAACUGGUAUCCUCCAAAAUGUAUUAUGUUAUGAGAUGUUCAAUCAGAUAUUAGCAAAUUCCUUAUGCCUGAAAAUAAAAGUUCCUGAAAGAA